GACAAAGCAUGCGUUCAUUCUGUCUCAGACCACAUUCAAUUGCAGCAAGCAGUUAAAACCUUAAAGAUGAAACUUACUUUUGCUCUAUUGUUGUUGCUACCAGUGGUAUUUUCUAUGCCACAGAAAAGACUUCUUCUUGAUACUUUACUAGCAACCGAUGAACUUAAGAAACUAGUAGACGGAAUAUUUAGUUCAUUAGGUGCUAGUGCAACUGAACAGGCAUGUGAAACUGAAUGCCACACACUCAUCCAAUCAGAUCAUCUCCUUCAAUUCGGAUGUCCUUUGAUUUGUAAAAGUUUCCAGACUCUGGUUCACCGAUUUGGACAUGCAACAGCUGCCACUGUUUAGAUACAAAAAAAUAAAUCUUCAAGAUUUA